UGUCAAUUUCGCUACUUCCUAAAUGUAUCAAGUUAAUGUAUACCGGAGCUGAAUCGCGGGUGUUUCGCUACAUCGAGUUUGUGGUCCAUGUUUGUUUAUCCUUAUUUCAAGGUGCAGCUGAAGGGCAAGUGUCAGGAAAGCGAGGGGCACAGGGAACUCCCGUCUACUGAAAUCCACCAGACCAAUGGUAGCUGCAUAGAGUGAUCAGUGGGGGGUGUGUGAAUUCUUCCACUAUGGGGAAUGGGAUGUGUUCCAGGAGACAGAAGGGGCUACUCCAGACGGGAUUCGGUGUCCUACUUGUACUUUGUUUUGGGUUCGGCUUUUACACCUACACCCACCUGAAGGAGAAUUUGAGAGGCGCCGAAAUGCUGGCCCAGAAAUACAAGCAACAGCAAGAAUCGGUCUCAGCUCAGUUACAAGUGGUGUAUGAGCAUCGAUCCAGGCUGGAGCGCUCCUUACAGAAGGAACGAGGAGAGCACAAAAAGACAAAAGAAGAUUUUCUAGUCUAUAAAUUGGAAGCCCAGGAGUCGUUGAACAAAGAGAAGCAGGAUGCCAUGAAUCGGUAUGGUGCCCUGAGUUCCCAGCAUAAGAUACUGAAGAAUCAGCACGAUGAAAUAAAGAAACAGCUUCUGGAUCUGCAGCUUCAGCACAACAACCUGCGGCUGGAGCACAGGAAAGCAGCAGAGACCCACAAUCAGCACUACCUGCAACUCCAUCAGCAAAAAGACCUGGAAAUCGGCACCUUGCAAGACAACAUCAGUAAGCUGAAACAUGAGAGCAAGCAACUGCGGAGGGCCCAUCAGGACAUGCACCACCAGCUCGCUGAGGCACAGGCCCAGGUGGAAGAGUUCAGGCAGCUGAAGGAAGCUCUUCAUGCAAUGCCAAGUUUCAAACAGCCUGGACUGAAUCCAGCCAUCCUGCAAGAACAGAAUCAGGCACGGCAUGAGCAUCCCUGGGGUCCUGACAACAACCGGUCACAGGUUACUGAAUGGAAGGAGCAGCCGCCGCUGGGCGUGGGCGUGGGAGAGCGAUCUCUGUCUCCCCAGCAUAACAGAGAAACAGAAAUGAAGGACGCUCCGGUGAAGGGCCAUGCUAAUGAGCCUCUGCAGGGACUCGGGAAUGCGCCGGUCUGGGAUUCGAACGAUCCAGGGCACCUGCAGAACGAGGGGGCCAACCGCAUGCUGCGAUUCACUCGGACAGUGAACAGCCUCCAGCCUGAUAGGCAGGAUACGAAGGUGACAGCUGAUGGGGUGGAUCACAUUGAGGGUGUCACUGUUGAGCAAGGCCACAUCAUGCUGGAGGGAGGGCCAGCUGAUAGGCAACAGGAGCCUCUUCCAACCGAUGAGCAGAAGUCAGAGAGUCGUCCAAUCAGCCAUCAGAUGAAGGUGAAGAGGUGGGAUGAGAUUGUUAAUGAUGUGAACACAGGCACAGACUUUAAACUGCGCAGCCGAACAGAGCAAGUCCAAAUCCCCUUUGUGCAGAAUCAUCGCGAGCUUCAGACAACUGCUCCUCAUGUCACCAGGAGGCAGUGGAGUCCGGGACAUCUAAACGCCAACUGGCGUGUGGACCGUGCGCAUGAUGUGAGAGGGGAGCCCGAGGAGGAGGAGGAGCAGGAUGAGAGGAUGGAUAACGAGUUGGAUGAAGUGGAUAAAAAUGAUCCUGGGAAGCUGUUAAUGCACGCCAUGUCGUCCAGGAACAAGCUGAUUGCACAGGAACCACUGAUCCCAGAUAUCGAUCCGGACCCGGCUCAGGAUCCCAAUAACCAGGGAGAAGAUGAAUUUGAAGAAGCUGAACUCGAGAGGCCAGGUUUUGCGGGGAAGGUGGCUGGGCUGAAGGAGCAGCAGCUGCUCAUUAAACUGGCUCCAAAGGGCGUCAAUGUUGCCAGUAAGGAAGGGGAUGAGGCCAUGGACGAGUAUGAGGAAGAUCAGGAGGCAGAGAAUGAGGACAAUGGAGGGGAGAUGGAGGAUGACCAUGAAGAUUCUGACCUCAUUCACCAAGAUGUCAAUGUAGAUGAUGCUGGACUCGCAGAUGAUGAAGGCAAUAAAGGAGAAGAUUACUGAAUCCGGAUAGGGACAGAAUUUGGUGGUGUGAACUUAGGGUGGUCUCCUGUUCCAAAAGUGAGGAGUUGGGGAGAAGAAUUGAAGACUGAAGCUGUUGAUGGGAGUGGGAUCCUGUGUCUACGGAUUUUUUUUGUGUUAAAUCAUGAAAUGUAAGACUGAGGCUGACUCCUGGUAUCUAAACUUUAAUUUUUCCCAAACUGCAUUUAACCUCCUUGCAGCCACCCUGACCACAGUGACUUUGCCUAGUGAUGACAUUUGACAGAAGUAUUGAUGAAGGGAGAUGUUCUGCCUUGCCUGAUAAAUUAUUUAUGUAAGGGUGAUGGACUGUGGUGAACAUUCAGUUCCAGAGACGUAAUGGUCGAAGGGCAUCUGAAGAUUGUCUCACUAAUGGCACCACCCUGGGUGAACUUGAAAGGAUAACUAAACAGACCAUUCAGCGACGUAAUGAAGGCACUAAAGUGAUAAAUGUAUAGUAUGCUGACUGUCAUUUCUCUGUAUCCAACACGUAUACAUAUUGGAUUCUUAUUAUAUCAGUUCAAGAAAGCUUUAUGUGACUCCCACAUGUUUUGUGCAGUUGAUCCCAUUGAAUCUGGAGAAGGUUCAAUCCCAUGGAGCUUGUGAUACAGCAUCACAAAAUAUGCUGCAGAAUUUGUUCUUUUCUGUUGUACAAUAUUGAUGACUGUAAACUUCAUAGCACACACAUGGACUUAAAUUCAUUGUUUACCGGCAAUUCAAAACAACAAGACCUCUCACUUCCCUGGGUGUUCCUUUCCUUCCAGAAACUCAAACUUAGUGUCAUCUAAUUAGUGGUUCUUCAUUUACAUCACCACCUCUCCUGCUGAGAGAUACCUGAUGGCCAUGCAGGUUUCUUCAUUUAUACCUUAGUUUUAGAACCCCAUUGCAGGUGCCUAGUGAUUUCCGUCUCUUUUUUUUUCUCUAAGCCAGUCAACAAACUCAUUACUAUCUCGCAUUAUUCCUGUUCACAUGUGGCAGGAGAAUGUCACAUAAUCGGCUAGUGGAGCUGGACCGAUGGGUCCAGGAUCUGGACAGGAGCAAAAGAUUCUGUUCAAACUCCUGGUGUAGUUGGGUACGUUUAGCCAUCUCUUGAAUCCACAGGGAGUACGUUAAGUGAGGCAGUGAUUGAUUCCAUUUUUAUAAUGGAGAUCUAACCAAAACAUUUUAAUAGUUCUUUCUUCCUAAUAAUGUUGGAAAAGGAUUUUUUUUUAAAAUUGCAUCAGAUUCCCAGGUUGGGACCAGUAUUUGUGAUUCUAGGGUAAGUAUAAGACCAUUAAUGAGAAACACAUUGCACUCUAUAUCAUAUAUCUGUGUGUGUCAGAUACACGGAAUACAUUAUUAUGCACAAAGUUCAAAUUUUGAGACCAAAACUAGGUGCCUUCUACAGCCUUUGUGGAGUAGAUACUGUUUCACAGUAACAAAACCUUGCAGAUCCUCCAACAUCAGUGUUUAUAAUCUCAGACAUUUUAUGCUUUGUAAUUUCUGUGCACAAAGUCCAAAAUUGAGAUUUUUUACACUUGAAAUAAAACAUCACUGAUGCCA